AUGCCGGGUCGCUUCGUCCCAUCGCCUGCGCUCCCCCCAGCCUCUCUUGGUACGAGCUACUCCCACGCUUCUCCCGGCAAUUUCCCCUCCGACGAGCCCGGCUCGGCGCGCAAUGAGCGAGGUCACCUCUCACCCACGGACAGGUCGCUUCCCGACGCAUUUCGAGGUGUUCAAAGAACCUCCAGUGACCACGUGUCAUCGGAUAAGACAAAUGAGGCUGCGGAGCCGUCGCCGCCUCGCGAGAAGUCGAGGGGAAGCGCGGAAGCGGAAGGCGGAACAGCCAAGAAGGAACAGAUGGCGAAGGAGGCGGAAAAGGAGGCGCAGAAGGGGGAGGAUGGGGAAGAGGAGCAGAGCAGUGGUGAGCGGAAGGGGCCAGGUGAAGUGCAGAAGAAGGGGGCGGUAUCGGGGAAGACGGGGGAAGGGGGGAUUGAUGGCGGAAAAGGGGGGAGCAGGGAGGGCGAGUGGUGCGAGGCGCUGGCCGGGGAGGUUUGUCUGGUGGCGUGCAGGCGACCGCAGCUGCUGGCGCGCAGUGAGAGGGGGCGGGGCGCCGUGUGCGUGAACAUCGAUGAUGAGCUGGUGUGUGGUGUGAGCUGUGUGCCACGUGGCGCUGUGGGGCGUGGUGGGUGGGUGGUGAUGGGAGGGUGGUCGUUGGUGGGUGAGGUGUACGAGCCGUACUGCAUGGACUUUGGCCCGCUCAGCCUGGCGUGCAUCCACCGCUACUGUGACACCAUGGACCGCGCGCUGCAGGUGAUAGGGGGUUGCGUUGCACCAGCCACGUGGGUGGGCUGUGCUGUGCUGCGUGCUGUCGAUGAUAGCUGGGUGCCUGCACGUGGUGCCCUGCACGUGGUGUCACUCAUUGCGUGCCAUGCCAUGUCAUCAGAGGCCUCGCCUUCUCUUGCCACCUCAUGCCACCCCAUGCCACCCCAUGUCAACCCAUGCCACCCCGUGCCACCCCUUGCCAUCCAAUGCCAUUUUGUGCCCUUCGGCUCUCUAGCAGCGUAUCUCAUUCUGCGCCAUGCCAUGCCGGCCAAUGCCGCCCAUGCGGUGCUGCGCCCCUUGGAGCCGCUGCCACCCUUCAGGGAUGCGUCUAACGGCGUGUGCACGUUCCACAUCUCUGCACUCGACUGCUGCCAGGCACUAGAGCGGGCACAGGAGCGGGCCCUUAUUGCAGGGUUCAGGGUGGGCGAGUACGAGCGGCUGGAACAGGCCGACCUCACGUGGAUGCUGCCGGGGCGGCUGCUCGCCUUCAGCACCCCCGCUGACGACCCCGCUAGUGUCAUGGUGGACGCCUUCCCAACUCCGAUGCUCGCUGUUGCUGCUCCACUGCACAUCCCCUCUAUGCCGCUAACCUGCCGUUACCUCGCACUGCCACUCCUUCCAUUCCCCCACUCCAUGGUACCGCCUGCAUCUGCCUACCCUGGUCAGGAAGGCUACUUGACGCCUGAGGACUAUGUGCAGUACUUCCGACAGGCGGGCAUAGCGGCCAUAAUCCGGCUCAACAGGAGGGUGUACGACAAGAGGCGAUUCACCCGCCAUGGCUUUGCGUUCUAUGACCUCUACUUCCCCGAUGGCGGAGCCCCCUCGGACGGCAUAGUGGAGCGCUUCUUUGCUGUGGUGGAGGGCAGCAACGGGCCCGUGGCCAUCCACUGCAAGGCGGGGCUGGGGCGAACGGGGGUGCUGGUGGGGUGCUACCUCAUGAAGCACUGCGGCAUGACGGCCAGAGAGGCCAUAGCAUACACGCGGCUGGUGCGGCCGGGGUCAGUGAUCGGGCAGCAGCAGCACUUCCUGGCGCUCAUGCACCCCCGCAUGGCACGCGCUGGAGAGGAGUUUCGGUGCAAGACCCGAACGCUCUCGCCCUUCUCUCCUCGCACCACCACCACCAGCACUGCACCCGGCAACCCGCCCCCUGUGCACCCCCACGCUCACGCUUCCAGCCUUGCCCUGCCAUCGCGCACGGGGCGCAAGGUGUAUGCGCGCACGGACGAGCAGGCAGCAGCAGCUGUCGCCGACCUGCAGUUUGCCCGCCACUCGCGCUCACUCGCCCGCACUGGCUCCGUGCCUGUGCGGCCAGGCUCAGUCGGGCCAGUGCGGUCAGGCUCGUCAGUGUCCGCGUCGCUGCGGUUGCCCCUGGGGAGGAGUGUGAGCCGGCCAGGCAGCAGCAGCGGUGGCGCCGAGAGCAGCAUGAGUGGCGGCGGUGGUGGUGGGGGAGAGGGCAUUGGACCCAAGCGGAGAAGGCAGCGGGAGGGUGGGGGGAGGGAGAGGCGCGCAGCUAGUGCCGCCACCACACCUCGUGCUCAUAGGGGUGGUGAUGGGGUGGAAGGGGUAGAGGAGGGAGGAGGAAGCGGGGAGGAGGGUGAGGAAGGAGGCGAGGGAGGAGAGGAAGCGGGUGGGGUGGGAGUGCGGGAGAGCGGGGCAUGGGUGAGGCUGAGAAGGCUCGGGGGGAGCAUGCGCAUGCCAUUUGACUCCUUCGCCCUCUCCCUCUCCUCCUCGCCUGCCCUGCGUCGCCCCAUCAGCAAAUCAGCUUCCAUGUCCCCAUACACGCCCAUGCCCCCCAUCACCCCCAUGACUCCCCAUGCCCCUAUGCCUGUAUCCCAUGCAUCUUCUGCCCUGCACCGUGGCAUGGCGUCCCCCGAGCCUCGCCAUGUGAGGGCUGCCAGGCGCCUCAGGCUGAGGGGGGUGUGGGGGGCUGCUGAUGGGAUGCGGAUUGGGGGAAAUGUGGGGAAGGAAGCAGGGGAGGGUGGUGGUGAUGCGGGGGAGGUGCGUGUGGCGGAGGGCGGUUGUGGUGCAGGGGAUUGGGAGGGAGGAGUGCGGUGUGGUGAUGGGGAGUGCAGUGCGGUGGAGGAUGGUGCUGCUGUACGAGAAGCAGAAUGUGUAGGUGAGGAGGGUGCUGGCGCAGCAGAUGGAAUGGGGGGAGGCAGGGUGGGAGAAUCAGCAGGGGUGUCAGCGAGUGUGGGAGCAUCAGAGAGCGUGGGGGUGUCAGUGCAGGCAGAAGAGGAUCCAAGUGUGCUUGCAUUUGCAUCGAGGUUGGACAGUGCUGCACAGGCUGCACCAAUUGAAACAGUGGCAUCAGGUCAUGAAGGGCUGGUGGCAGCAGCAGCAGUGGCAUUAGAGAAGGGAGGGCCAGAGGCAGCAGCAAUGGCACCAGAUUCUGAAAGGGCACAAACAUCAGCAUCAGCAGCAGCAGCAGCAGCAGCAGCAGAGGGGAUGGGGGUGGGCAGAAAGACACACUCACGGGCGGCCUCAUGGCUGGGCUUGUCCUUUUGCGGCCUGCUGCCAUGCCAGCCCACACGACCACCACCAUCACCCUCAUCAUCACUCUCACUCUCACCACCCACAUCGCCAGGACCAUCCCUGCCUCCCACCUCACUUGCUGCUGCAGGGCCCACAGGCACACGUACAGCCGCAGUGAACCCUCAUGGUUCUCCCCUCCCCGUCACAGCAGCCCCCCUUCAAGCUUGCCCUCCCUGCUCCGCAGCAGGUGCAGCAGAGAGAAGGGGGGAUGCAGAGGGAGCGGCAGAAGAGCCAGUGGUAGAGGCAGUCGGUUCAGCAGGGGCAUCAGCAGGGUUGUCUUUAGGAGACAGAGAGGAACACAGUGGCACAGCCACAGACCAGUACACGCCAGCAGAUGCCGCCCCAACGCCUGGGGUUGCAGGGACACACGAGUAUACACCAGCUGAUGCGGACCUGGCUCCUAGGUUUGGGCGCACACAGGCGGCUGGCGUGCAGGGUGCAGGGGGGCAGCAAGCAGGGGGGCCCAGCAGCACAGUGGUGAGAGUGAUCAAUGCAGGGGGGCAGCCCAGGAAGGUGGUGGUGCCGGCAGGUCAGGAGGGUAGAGGAAGGGGAGUGAAUGUAGAAUCAGGGUUGAGAGGGGUGGGUGGGCAUGCGCAGGCGGUUUCCGUGGCUAAGUUUGGUGCGGUGCAGGGCGGUCGGUUUAGGCUUGGUGUGAGAAGAUAG